UGUCAAAAUUCGAAGCACAUCUUUGUUACACUGUCUACACCAAAAAAAUUUAUAAAUUCAAAUUGAUUCGCAGUUAUUUGGCUCUCUUUGCAAAAAUAUCGUAAAUUCUUGUCUUUCGGAGUAUUCGGAGCUGGUUCACGUAACGCCGAAUGCUGCAUUCGAGUCGAGUUUUCUCUGUGGUGACAAUAUCCCUUUUUAAAACAAACGAAAAACAACGCCGGAAAAGUGCCUGAAAUCGGAAGAGCAAGAACUAUUUUGUUAUUCCUCACAGAAAAAAAAAAAAACAGUCGAAAAUCAAUGAUAAAUGUUAAUAAGAGUGAGAGAGAGGCAACGGCAACAGGCAAAGCCCUCAGUUAAAGUCGCGCAGUGAGAUCCGAUCUCCGAUCUCUGAUCUGAUAUGUUGCAGAGCAUAGCCAGCUGAUUCCUCAACUGUGGACACCACGUGGCAAUGGAAAUUUGUGUGCUGGCCAAACCAAGGAAACUGUGUGUAAAGCAGCGACUGACCUAGUGGGAGUCAGAGAAGGAAAAUAGAGAGCCAGAAUAGAGAGCGAAAGAUUGAGAGCAUCAAGAGAGUACGCAGAGUAUAGAGUAUACAGCAAGAGAGUGUGUGCCUGCCGCUCUCUGUGCGCGUGUGCGUGUGUGUGCGUGCGUGCGUGCGUGUGCGUGAAGCAUGCGUAACAAGCUCAGCCAGGCCAAGCGGCAACCCAAUGAGCAUGCGGACAGCAGCUUUGAGCUGGAUGAGCAGGAGCCGGCGAUCAAGCACUUGACAACCAACUCCAACAACAGCAACAACAACAACGCGUCGCAUAUCAAGGAUGAGUCGGAUGCGGGCGAGCUAACGGACACGCUGAGCACGCACAGCAGCAGCUCCACGCCCACCACCGCGGAUGUGGCAGAUGUUGCGGACGCGGAUACGAUCAGCUCACUGCCGCUCUCACCUGCCAACUAUGCUGCUGCCAGCAGCGGUGGCUGCGGUGCGCAGCUGGUAAAGCGGCAUGCCACAACGCUUAAGCAGCAGCAGCAGCAGCUGCCGGCGGAGACAUCGACUUCCAACAUUGCUGAUACGACCAAUAGCGAGCUGCGGGAUGAGGAUAAUGUGCCCACGUCAUCGAGGUAUGCGGCGCAUCCGAGCGCCGCGUUUGCAGAGACCACAGCACAGGGCGCUUCCAGAUCGAUUGGUGGCACACAUCGACGCACCCUGUCGGCCGCUUCGUAUAUUUCGAUGCGUUCGCAGCCCGCAAUUGGAACGCCACCGGAGCCACCAAACCGGAAUCGGUUCUUCGAAUGGAUACGCUUCGGCUGUAAAUUCUGCUGUUGCAAGAGUUCGGGAAUUGGCGAGCCGAGUGUGCAUCAUGCGCUGGUUGUGAUAUUCUUAGAGUUCUUCGCCUGGGGCCUGCUAACCAUGCCCAUUAUAUCGACGCUCAAUCGUACAUUUCCGGAUCAUACGUUCCUCAUGAACGGCCUGGUGAUGGGCAUCAAGGGCAUAUUGUCAUUCCUGUCGGCGCCAUUGAUAGGCGCCCUGUCCGACAUCUGGGGUCGUAAAUUUUUCCUAUUAGUUACAGUAUUCUUUACAUGUAUGCCGAUACCGCUGAUGUGCGUAAAUACGUGGUGGUUCUUUGCCAUGAUCUCAAUUAGUGGCGCAUUUGCCGUCACCUUUUCGGUGGUGUUCGCCUAUGUGGCCGAUGUCACCACGCCGGAGGAGCGCUCCAAGGCCUACGGCCUGGCGUCAGCCACAUUUGCCGCCAGUCUGGUCAUCUCGCCGGCUCUGGGCAAUGCUCUAAUGGAUAUGUACGGCGAUGCAUUGGUGGUCGCUCUGUCCACGGCCAUUGCGGUCUUGGAUGUAUUCUUUAUUCUAGUCGCUGUGCCGGAGAGCUUGUCCGAAAAGAUGCGACCCGCCUCAUGGGGUGCACCCAUCAGCUGGGAGCAAGCCGAUCCCUUUCUGGCUCUGCGCAAGGUUGGCACAGAUAAGACAGUCUUGAUGCUGUGCCUCACUGUGCUGCUCUCCUAUCUGCCCGAGGCCGGCGAGUACUCGUGCAUGUUUGUCUACCUCAAGCUGAAAAUGGGCUUCAACUAUGUUGAGGUGUCCAUUUUUAUAGCCGUUGUGGGCAUACUCAGCAUUACGGUCCAAGUAACGCUGGGCUCGUUCAUGAAAGUCUUUGGCGCCAAGCGCACUAUCAUUGUGGGCCUAGCCCUCGAGUUGGUUCAACUGCUUUGGUACGGCCUGGGCAGUCAGAAGUGGAUGAUGUGGUCGGCGGGCGUUGUGGCCGCGCUGGGCUCGAUUACUUAUCCGGCGAUCAGCGCGUUUGUAUCCCUGUAUGCCUCGCCCGAGAGUCAAGGUGCUGUGCAGGGCAUGAUCACGGGCAUGCGCGGCCUGUGCAAUGGCCUGGGCCCGGCUGUAUUUGGUGUUAUCUUCUAUCUGUUCAAUGUUGAUCUAAAUCCCGAUCAUGAAUCCAUUAUGAACAACAGUCAUCCGACGAACGUUGAAAAGAUAUCGAUGCAUGUGCCGGGACCGCCGUUUGUGUUUGGCGCUCUGUGCGUAUUCUGUGCCAUUGUCGUGGCCGCCUUUAUACCCGAGAGCCAGCAGGCGGUGCUGGAAAAGAAACGUGCCUCGCUCGAUGUCCAGUACGAGAUCGAGACGGGCCACAAGGUGCCCAGCUCCUUGGCGCCGCUGAUACGCUCCGAUUCGCUGGCGCAGCUCUAGUCUGCCACGCCCUCCCCCACGUCAAUACAGCUGGUGUCUAUAAUAAAUUAAACGAUUUAGUAAUUGUAACAAAUGCUGUAACUAGUUUCGCUUUAGUUUAAACGCAAAAAAAAAAAAAGAAAAAAAGUUAGAAUUUGCAGAAAAAGUUAUUGUUAAGUCAAUUCUGUUCUUUUUCCUUGCCGCAUGUGAUUUGCCUUUCCGAUUCACAUUUAAAUAUUGUACAAUUAUUAAUUUCAUAAAUCAUUUAUGAACGGACUUCGCUUGCCCGCAAAAAAAAAAA